AGGGGACGGUCGAGGACCUCCUGGAGGGACUAUGUCUCUCAGCUGGCCAGGGAACUUCUUGGGCUCUACUAAGUGUGUUGCCCCCGCGACCUGGUCCCAGAUAAAGCAGAAGAUGACCAGUACGAGUACGAGUAUCUACAUGCCUACAUUUGUGUAAAUACUUUUACAUACUUUUAGCUAAACGUAUUUACACAAAAUUUUCAAUGUUUUUAGCCAAGAAUGUAGCUGCGUAAACCUGAAAAACCUGCUUGGUUUAUCAAUAUAUGGUUUAAUUACAAAUGUGCUUCUCUGUUCCCGCUGCACUAACAGCCCGUGUUUGCUGACCGGGUGACUGAUGCCCGUCGCCCGUAGACUGCUGGAGAUAGGCAGCAGCUCCCCCACAACCCUGUAUGGAAGAAGUGGGUUUAGAAAAUGGAUGGAAUUCAAAUUCAUAUUUUAUGGGUUUUCAUUUGUAAAGGUGUUAAAUAAAGGAGAGUGGCAACAAGGGGCAACAAAGGGACAUUCACAGAUAUGUAGAUUAGAAGAAGUGAGCUACAAGAGUAGAAGUGUUAGUUUUAAUCAGAUGACAGAGAUUAUAAAAAUAAUCGUCAACUAGUUGACAGUUCGAAAAAAUAAUCGAUAGAUUAGUCGAUUGUUAAAAUAACUGUUAGUUGGAACCUAAUGUAACUCCUGACACUAAACUUAAACGAUGGGUUUGGUUGAUUAGAAGCGUGGCCUUAACUGUUGUUUAAAGUUGGGUUCUUUUUGGCAUACACUGAAUCACAAUUUAAAAACUUGCACAACUUCCAGCACUCUUACAGUUUCCAUAGCAACUAUAAAAAAACAAGAACUUGCCUCAGAACCUUGAUGACAUUAUCAUCAGUGAUCUCAUUGAUGAUGUCAUAAAAGAUCAGAAGAGUUGUUUUUGCUAGAGAGAACUUUCUCUCACUUUGCUUCUUAACUGGGUUAGAGGAUGACUGCUUGCAGAGAGAAACAAAUUCUCAGUGAUUUCAUUGUAUGAUUAAUUCAAAUCGAGUAUCUAUGCAAAUGGCUUUUAACGCUUGUUUCGCUGUUGGAGCCCUACUUACUGAGGCCAUAAGCAAGACAUGUACUUGCUGCUUUGCAGACAAUGAUUUGGACGAAAAUGAACAAAUCAUACACGACUCUACAGAUAACGCUUUGAGAAUGCAGACAUACGAAAAUGUUGCUUUCUUCAGUGUUCCUGAAAACGAAACUAACCUGAAUGUGGAAGUUAGCUCUGAGGAUGAACAAAUUAACACUGAAACCACAGCUAAGGAACAAGGCAACUCUGGAGUCACGGCCGAUGGGAUUGUAUUUACUGGAUCUGAAGAACAUGUUCAAGAUGAAAUUCGAGCUAAGGACAGGAGUACAAUGGAGGAUGGAAGCACUAUCAGAAAGACAGAAAAUACGAAGGAAAUGAAUGAUUUUGGAGAUACAAGUUGUUUGGUCUAUCCAGGUCUUGUUCAGAAUGAAACUGUCACUGUAGACAACACUGGCACCAAGUAUGAACAGGACUCUUUUCAAUAUGAAAUCAUCACAGAGGAAGAACUUAGUGGCCUUUUUGAAAAUGAGACACCAGAUGACACAGAUUAUUUCUACAGAGCAGAAGACGGUCAAUCAAAUUUUAAUCUUGAUCCAACCCUGUUCUUCUGCAAGUUUUCCAACUCGUUCAAUAACUGUUGGAUGAAUGCAACAAUGCAGACCAUUCUGAACCUGAGUAUCACCAGAAAGUUUGUGGCUCAGUAUCCCGAAGAGAUUUUUGGAUCUUUGUCAGGAACUCCAUUAUUUGCCAGCCUUCUCUGUAAAGCCAUGCACCAUCCAGGGAAAUAUAUUUCCCAGGAGGAAAUCUACCAGGUUCUAAUGGAAAUAAGUGAAAAUGUACCGUCACUACACUUAGCAAAGCAGAACGACUUACUGGAUUUUUUGAAGGCUAUUUUGAACUGGUUAAACCCAAGUGGUAUUAACACAAGUUGUGUGGUGUUCACAGCUAUCUCUUGUGAAGAAUGUCAGAAAGCUUCAUAUGACUUCUGGGAAAUCGGUCCUAUCCUUCACCUACCUCAUCCAUUACCAUAUGACAGCAUCACUUCUCUUCUUAACCGUCUGGUUGCUGAGUUCUGCAGAGAUGAUUGCAACUUCUGCUACUCCAUCUUAAAAAGAAAACACUUCCUCAGCUACAAUGAUGUAAUUACCCUGUGGCUGCCACGACCAACCAACCAGGGGGAUUUAAAACAUCCCGUGAUUCCUAGUACAACUAUUGAAAUUCCUGUAAAAAAUGGAACCCAAUUGUACCAUCUGUCCUCCAUAAUUUGCCACGAAACCCUAACUGAUCACUUUUACACAUAUCUGAUGUGUGGGCAACUUGUAUUUAAGGCUGAAGAUGACCAGGUAACAAUUUCAAACACAGACUGUGCAGCAGACAUUUGCCUUAACGGGUUUAUCUACGUCUACGAGAAGUACGUAGAAGGACAGGACGAAUUUAGUGGUGGGCUCAAAGUUACCCCUGAACAAGAAAACUGGAACCCUCAAAGCUCAGCAAAUAUACCAACAAUGGCAAGAUCUGGGGGGAACGGGAAAGCUUUAACCUAUCCAGAUCCAAAAUUAAAAGAAAAAUCUUUCUCAACCAUACUGACGUCAUAACUGCAUCUCCAGCGGCCCAACAAUCAGGGAGACUUCAGAGUACCUGUGAUUCCUAGUCCAACCAUUGAAAUUCCUUUAAUAAACGGAGCUCAGAUGUACCGUCUGUCUUCAGUCAUUUGCCAACAAACCCUGAACUCAGAGACUGACCACUUUUACACAUAUCUGAUGUGUGGAGACCUGGCAUUUAAAGCUGAUGAUGACCAUGUAAAUUUCGCAUACAUGGACAGUGCGAAAGACCUCUAUGAAAAUGGGUUUAUCUACAUCUACAAGAAGUAUACAGAAGUAUAACACUGAGGAAUAACAUGAGAAACAAGCCAAGUUACAAAAAGAAACCAAAAAAAAAAAAAAAAUGCUCUCAUAAAAGACAAAAAAGAACCUCCCAAGUCUCAACAAAGAAUAAUACGGAAGAGUAUUAGGGCCACUAAAAAAAUAAAAUAAAAUUCUGACUUUAAUCUCAGAAUUCUGACUUUAAUCUCAGAAUUCUGACUUUUUUCUCAGAAUUCUGACUUUUUUCUCAGAAUUCUGACUUUAAUCUCAGAAUUCUGACUUUUUUCUCAGAAUUCUGACUUUUUUCUCAGAAUUCUGACUUUAAUCUCAGAAUUCUGACUUUUUUCUCAGAAUUCUGACUUUAAUGCAGGUGAGCACCUGGAAGCAUCUGGGUGCAACCAGCUUCAUCGCCUGAGAUGUGAGUCGUGCAGGGGAAUGUCCAGCAAUCUUGGGGAACAUGUCAGAUUUAAGUGACUUUUUACGUGGCUGAGGGGUUCCUGAAGAUGCCAUUUCAUUAUUGGAAGAGCAGAAGAUUGAUUGGGAUGUCAUAGCGCUGAUGGAUGACGCAACUCUGGCAAAUUACAUCCCUUCCUAUGGAGACCGAAUUGCCCUCUUCAAUUUCUGCAAAAGCAAACAACCACUCUCAAAAAGAAAACAGGGUCUUCUGCAGAAGCUUCGUGAGAAAAUGAAAACCAAAAAGGAAAGUCCAAAGGAAAACACCUCUCAAGAAAGAACAAGACAGACAAAGAAGCAAAAAGCAACACGAAAUAUUGAGAUAGGAUGGAUACAUACUGAUGGAAAAAUAACCAAACAGGUGAGAGCGAAACAGGGAGGUGGGACUAGAAAAAUUCAAAUGGCCACUGAUUCUGAAUUAAAAGAUAUUCUUCAUGAAGGAAAUAAACUUUUUUUUCCUGAUGGCAUGUCUCCUAAGGGUCCUGAGACAGAUUUUGAGUUUGAGGUUUGGGACUUUAAACAGAACCACCUUACUGAUGACACCUGCCUGACGAUUGGCAAUAUGUAUGAAGCAGCGAGGCUGACAAUGUUACGCUUCUACAUUGCAACAAAGCCAAAAGUUCCUGAAGAAGAUGACAGCGAGACAUCCGAAGUCAUAUUUGUCUUGGAAAGCAGUAGCAGUGAAAUUAAUCCAUUGCAAACGUGGGAAGUCAGGAGUUCUUCUGUUGAUGCCCACCCUGGUUUAGAACCUUCAGAUGAUUCAGAAAUUACUUUUGGUCCCAUUCUUAAUGCUGAGGAAGAUACAGAAGACACAUUAAUCUAUGAGGGUUUUCUUGUACCCCUCAGUCCAGCUAAUCCAGAUGAUGCAAUAACAAUCACUGUACAUCAUACUAACACUUUACAUGACAUUAUUACUGCUUUCUCUGAUUCAGAUAUUAUGAGAAAAACACUGAAUGUGAAGCACAUACUUCCAGACAACACAGAAGAAGCAGGCAGUUGCUCAGGGAUACUAAGAGAUGUUCUCACCUGCUUCUGGAAUGAAUUCUAUGAGCGAUGCACCCUCGGUACAACCGUUAAAGUGCCCUUCAUUCGCCAUGAUUUUCCUGCUGCAAAAUGGAAGGCAGUUGGACGAAUACUUUUGAAAGGUUACCAAGACUGUCAGUAUUUUCCAAAUAAACUUGCAAUCCCUUUUCUUGAACAAGUGCUUUUCAGUAGCGUUUACAGCGAUCUUAAAGCACAUUUUCUACAGUUUGUCAGCAGCCAAGAAUGUGAGGUUUUGAGGGAAGCAGUCAAGAAUUUUUCUGCUGUUGACCAAGAUGAUCUUGUGGAGGUUCUUGACAGUUAUGGCUGUAGAAAAAGAAUAAUUGCCGAGUCUCUUCCUACAAUCCUUGAUGAAAUAGCACACAAAGAGCUUGUCCAAAAACCAAUGUUCGUCAUUGACUGCUGGAGAGAGAUCAUCUAUCCACAUAUUUCCCUCAGUCCAGAGGCACUGAUCAAGUUGUUCUCAGACCUGCAACCAACAUCAAAAAAAGUCUGCCAACUGCUGAAAUUUGCUGAGGAUUUGUCUCCAAAGCAAAAAGAUGUGGGAAAUUAUCUCAAAAGAUUCAUCAGAGAGCUGGAUGACAUUAAACUUCAGAAAUUUAUGCGAUUCUGCACUGGAUCUGAUCUUAUAGUAACAAACAGUAUUUUUGUGGAAUUUCAAGAUAUGACGGCAUUCACAAGAAGACCAGUGGGUCACACAUGUGGAAGUAUUCUGCAAAUAGCUGACAACUAUGAAAAUUUCCCAGACUUCCAUUCUGAAUUUAAUGCCGUUCUUGAAAGUAAUGUCUGGGUAAUGGACAUUGUUUAGACAGCUACUGCAAUCCACUACAUUUGAAUGGUUCAUGCAGACUAGAGCAGAGCUGCAAAGAGACAUAAAGAAUAUGUAUUUUGAACUUAUGAAAAUUACGCCUGUUUAAAACAAAUCUGAGUAAUUGUCCAUUUAUGUCAGAAGACCAGUUUUGACUGAAAUUAUUCCAGUUUCUUUUAUCAUUCCUAGUUUCACACGACACAAUGAAGUGGUAAAAAAAAGAAUGAGUACACUGUUUAUUACUAUAUCCAGAGCUGUCUUCACCAGAUCUGAGUUCUCCUGCUGCAUGAAAGAAACCUGUAGCAGCAACAGGAAAAAUUAUUUCAAGAGAUCUAAAGAAAAUGUAAUGACGCUUCUUUUUUAAGCUUCUUUAGUGCCUCAUGUUUUGUAGCAGUUUAGCUAAAUCAAAUACUCUUGUAAGUAAGGAGUCAGACUUAAUUAAUCCAGAUAUUUUAUUAUUGGGUCUGGAUAAAACUCAAACAUUGUUACAUUGUAAAUGUUAUCUGUACACGAAUUGCCCUCUUCAAUUUCUGCAAAAGCAAACAACCACUCUCAAAAAGAAAACAGGGUCUUCUGCCAAGAGUUCCCCUCUCAGAGAUGAACUUGAUGACGUUGUGCACACAUGGAACUCACACAAAAUCAGGCCAAGUGGUGGUGCAUCAUCGGGUCGACCAGUAGUGAUGUACUCUUUUCCAGAGCUGCACAGGGCUGAGGAUAGACUGAAACCUGUUUUCAUGGAUGAGAUCAAUGUGAGCAUGGAAGAGUGUACACCAAAAGGCCAAUAUCCCUGCGAUGAAACAGUGUUUGAACUUUGUUGUCUGCUUAUGGUAGAAAAUGAAUGGAAUGCCCCAAGAGAUCCACUUGUUGCUGCUGAUCUGUAUAUAAGGUUAAGAGAAAAAAUACUCCAAAGUGUUUAAGAAAUUUCUGUAGUCAAAAAGAGAAAAAAACAGUGUUUCUGUUUAUCUUGAUUAUGUGAGUAGUUGUCAUGUCUUACAGGUACCCUAUAUGCAGGUAUUCUUGCUUUGUAUCAAAUGAAAGACAUUUUGGGGGCAAGCAAACAUGUCAUUUUUUACAUCAUUCUGUCAGAAUAUUAAUGGUUAUUACUGGUAUAAUGUAAAUGCUGUGUUUUGAUAUGAGUUUAGUCUUUCAGCUACCAUUUUACUGAUCAAAGUAAAAAAAUUUUGGUUGACAUCUUGUCCCAAUAUAUAGUUUUUUUUUUUUACUUUUACACUCAGUCAUUAGAAGUAGCAAUGCUCAUUUCUUGUCAAAUAUAGAUAGUGUGAUGUGAUCAUCAGUUAUGUAACAAAUUCUUCUAACUAGCUAUGCUUUCAGCUGCAUAAACAAAUGUAUUUUUUCUUCUAACACAAUUCUGUAUUGUUAAAUAAAAUCCAAUGACAAUGUAUGUGUGAAAUGUGAAUUAAAUGGCAGUACGAGUACAGCAAAAAGGAUAUUAUAAAAUUUGUAAACCUGCCUUCCAUUAAAUAUAAACAUCCCUGUUUUGUUGCCAAGCAUUUGUGAAGUAUAAACUCACUAGCUAUCCGUUGCAUUCUGUUGCCAACUUUUUUUCUUACUAUUCAUGACUGGCAAUCCAGAUCGAUAUUUGUAAGCCUUGUGUGUAUCAGCAAAUUACCCAUG